UGAAUCUAAAGAAGAUAAACUUUACCAGCGUUUAUAAAACUGUAACCAUCAUCAGUUCCUCAUGUUUCAGAGAUUGUGUUGGAUUUUUAUUUGUUAAAUGAGGUCAGCGGGUUGUGAUCAGUAAACACCAUAAUGGGCACAGGCGAAGAACCCACGCGUGCUAACAGCAACAGUUUAUGUUGUUCUGUCACCUUGGACAGAUGGACCAAACAGGAGAAGAUGAUCUGCAGGAUGCUGCUGCUCCUCAUCCUCAUCUCAUCUGUCUGUGCAGCAACAUUUGUAGUGAAUGUGACACAGAGCUCCUAUCAGGCAGAGGAGAACCACAACAUCACUCUGGAGUGGACCUUCACCACCAAACCUGACGUCUCCUGGAGGUUCCUGUUUAUCAUCUGUAACCUGAUAACUGAUCACAGAGUCUUAACCCUGUAUCAUGUCCAUGAUGGAGUUGAGGUACCAGAGUCUCGGCAUGAAAAGUUUGCAGGACGAGUCCAGAGUGACAAAGACGUCCUCAGAGAAGGACGAAUCAGACUUCAUGUGUCCAGACUCAGAACUAAUGAUUCUGGUCUGUAUGUGUGUGAUGUGAAGACAGAUUACGGCCUCAGCUCUGAAAAAUGUCAACUGAACGUUACAGGAGAGUUAAGAGAGAAAACAACUUUCUAUCAGGCAGAGGAGGACGACAACAUCACCAUCAGAUGGGACAGCCAGAACCAAACAUACAUGUUUCUCACCAACAUCAUCUGUUUUCUUCUCUCAACGUCUGAGAAAGUUUUCUAUAAACUGAUUGAUGGUGUUGAGCUUCCAGAGUCUCAGCAUCAGCAGUUUUCAGGACGAGUUCAGUGUGACAGAGACGCUCUCAGAGAAGGACGAGUCACACUUCAUCUGUCCAGAGUCACAGCUGAAGACUCUGGAAGUUACUGGUGUGAAAUGAAUAAUUAUAACAAGAAGUUAAGGCGAUGGGAGCUUCAGGCUGAGUUUAAUUUUGUUCUGAAUGUGACCCCAAGACCUCACAAAGAAAGCACAACGUCUGGACCGAUACCUGUAGAAGCUGCAGAAAAACCAAAGGAUAAAACAUCACCUGGUACAAUCCUGUUGUUACUUCUACCAUCUGUUGUUUUAUUUGUAGUUCAUAUAUAUGUGGCAGUGAAGAAUCAUAGGAGUUCCCGAAAUAAACCACCAACACCGAUCAGCUGCAUUCUGUACUCAGAUGAACAAAAUACCCUCAGAACUGCUCCAGAUGUCUGAGACUAUUUGUUAGCAUGAAACACCGACUGAUGAUGGGAUUCAGAAACUCUUCUGAACAUUUACUUUGACUGUCACAUGGAAGAACACGACGUGAUUGAAGACAAACUCCCAGCUGUCAGAUACUGUCCAUGGAGGGUCUGAUGGUCCAUCACAGUGAACAUCAGCUCUCAUCAUGUGCUCCAGCUUCACAGCUGUGUCAUCAUGUAGGUCAAAGGUCAGACUGAUCCUGCUUUCUGACUCCACAACAACACAAGUGAAGCAUCAGGACCAGACAUGAGAAGACUCUGGUCCAGGAAAUCCACACUGUGGAUCAGGUUGUAGCUGAGAGGAAACAGCAGAGAGGAGCUUUAAUAACACUGAGACACGAGAAGGAACUGAAACCACAGGAGUUUGUAUUUAAUAUCUCCAUGAAGCACUUUUAUUAUUGUUGUAAAGAACUUGUUAAAUUUCUGGAUUAAUUCCUUUCUGUAUAAGUUUUAAUGUUCAGAGUAUGUAAGUAGAUGAUUGUAAAGGUUUAACUGACUGCAGAGGCGUUGGGGAUUGUGUUUUACAGAUGUGUUACAGAUGUCUUCUUCUUGUUGAACCAUGCUUUUUACUUUCACCAUGUAGAAAACUUUCAUAUGAUCAUAUUACACGUAGCAGAAUAAAGUCCAGCAGCUGAUCUUUGUGACAUUCACACUUCAAACUCAACACAGAACCAGAUUUUAUUCAAGUGUUUUUGGUCUAAAAUGUUUUUAUUUUGUUUCUUUGUGUUUUUGUGUGUUUCUCUUUUAUUUAACCCUUAUUUAACUGCAAAAAUGAAAUAAUAAACAUAAAU